AUGGCGUCGCCAGCACAGCUCAAGGAGCUGGGCAUGGCUGCACCCACACGGACACAUCCGUCACGCUUCCUCCCGCCAACACCACGCGCCACGUAUCGCACUGUCCUCCAGUGCCUCCGCUUCAUCCAAGACCCCCAUGUGUGGCUCAUCGCAACGAUCCGCUUCCGCUCCCUUAUCAAGGAUGCGAAUAAACAUCUACCAGCGUAUCUGAAGGACGACAGUCCCGAGCUCGAGGUGUGCAAGGAGCAGCGUGCGCGUGCUCGGAAGCACCUCAAGAAGGAGCUCACCGAGGUGCGCGCCGCGACUGCGUGCCACCCGCAUGCGCUUCUGCGCUUGAUUGAGGAAUGCUAUGGUGUCCGCGGGCGAGUCAGGUGGGAGCUCAUCAAGAACAUUACGUUGAGCUCACCACUUGAUCCAAAAGAUUGGCCCCGGGCUGUGACGGACAAGAUCCCAAACCCGGAGACUCGAUACCCUCCCAUGACACUGCAGCCGCUUCCCCCGUGCUUGCGGCCGCUCUCGAAGAAGCCCCCAGCAGGACUGAUCGGUGUACGUGCGCGCACAGUCAUUCCUCGGGCCGCAGUGAACCGAGAGGCGCGCAAGGAAUGGGAGUAUCAGUGGGACAACGUCUCGGUGCCAAUCGUGAUGCCCGCCAACGAGGAUGGCGCCGCAACAGGAUGGGAGGGCAAGGGAGUGAUCGAGACGAUGCGGGCUAUGGCAGGUUUCGAUAGCUCGCCUUUCCCCCCGACUCCGCCUCGACGAGCUGGUGCAGUCAAGCCAAAAAGCCCGAAAGAGCCUCUGCCAUCCUUCAACAACCUUCCCAAUAGCCUAAAGGCUGCGUUUCCUCGCCGACCACCAUCAUCCUAUCGCACCCUCCCCUCCUUUCCACAACCUCGCGUGGCCCUCACACGCGAUAAUCCCCGCACUUGGAGUAACCCGCGCAAAAUGACCCCACGCCUUCUUCGCCGCACGUACAACGACGUGUGGGAGCGGCUGGACUGGGUCGCCAAGAUGCCGUUCCGUUCAGACUCGCAGGGGCGUAUGUUGGGUGGCUGGAAACGCACAGACUGGGCGAUGGUAUCGACUGGUCGCAGUAGCUCUGGACCGAACGACUGGCGUGAAGCCGGGUCGCGUUGGGCCGAGGCGACCGAGAACGAGCUCAAAUGGCUCACAGAGGAUGAAUUGGAGGGGAACUGGGACGAGAUGCGGUUACGGGUGGCCAGGCAGAAGGCUUCGGUCAGAGCGAACAAGGCCCAGAAGGCCAAGGAGGCUGUUGUGCCGAAGGAGGCUACUGCCGCGAAAGAGGCGGAGUAA